AUGAAAGAAAAAAAUAGGCAUAAAAAAAAUUACGAACUGAAUAAACAAUCCCUAAAGGUUUGGUUUCAUCAUAUUUUUUAUAGAGAAGAAUACGAUGAUAGAUUUUAUAACGAUAUAAACAUUACAAUCGACUCCCAAUAUGAUUAUUCUAGCCUAUUACCAUUUUAUAAAAAUAAAAAUACAGAUAAUGAGUUAUAUUCAAGUGAUGUGAAAUCUUCAAAAUUUAAACAAUUUAAGUAUAAACUAAAGGUUAAGUUAGUUCCUAAAUCUAAUAGUGAAGUCAACCAUUCUUUUUUCAGUGAUAAAGAAGAAAAUUCUAUUAAUAUCGAAAAUUCUAUUAAUAAAUCAAGUAUGUUAUUUAAUAAGUAUAAAAUCACUGAGAGUGAAAUUUCAAAUUUACUAGAAAGAACGAGCAAGGAUCAUAAUUGCCCAUUUGAAGAUAACAUAGAUCCAACUUUGUCCCUACCUUUCCAAAAUAUUUCUUAUCAAGAAAUGUGCACAGCUUUAAAAAACAAUUUAGAUAUUACACUAGACUCUUUCAAAUCAAGUUCUAUAACUUCUCAAACUAAAAUUACUAUAGAGUCUAAUACUAAUUCUGAUGGAAAUAAAGAAAAUAAUGUAGACGAUGAGCUUGUUAAAAAUUCUAUAGAAAUUGAUGAUAAUUGUGAAGUUAAGAGUGAAAAUACAAAUAAUGUAUAUUUAAAAUAUAUGCAAGACAAUAUUUCUAAUGAAUACAAUUAUGGAGCAGACGAAGUUCUCGAUUCUGAUUCAAUAAAAGAGGAUUCUUCAGAAUAUUCAUCAUCAUUAGAAGAAUUAUCUGAUUUAGAAAUUUCAAAUUCUUCAAAUAACAAUUCCGACUCAUUUAACGAAUCAAAGGAAAAAAUACUUACUAUCCCAACCUUCAAAUUACCAGAUGAUAAAGAUGAUAGUAUUAGAACUUCUAAUGUUACAAAGACCAAAAGCUCUUUAGAAGAAUUAUUCGAGGAACCUGCUGUGUCAACAAAUAGAAAGAGCCGAUCAUGUCUUUCGAAACGCGAGAGUAAAUUCAGUUCAAUAAGAUCGAAUGAAUAUUGUAAUCCCAGGACAUUUGACAUUACUGAAUUGUCAGUGGUUAAUUUUGAUAAUAUAAACGGUAAGCAUAUUGACAUGACAGAGAAGUUCAAAAAAAGAAAAUGUAAUAAAAAUAUUGCAUUAGAUGAAAAAAACUUGUCAGUAAAAUUCAAUAACAAUUCAUUGUUAUUUCAAUAUAGCAGAUCAACAAGAAAUAACAAAUCAAAAUUUAAGCCCUAUACAAGUUAUUCACUCCCUCAAUUAAGAUCAGGAAAUUCUGGGCAAGUCAAAUCAAUUCUUAAAAAUAAAGUAAAUAAUGUUGAAGAAGAAGAAGCAAGAAGAGUAGUUAAUUGUGAUAAAGUCAAUUUUGAAUCCUUUUUAAAAUAUUUGGAUCAUUUUGAAUCUCAAAGAUACCUUUCUGAAGAUACUUUAAGCAAAAUAAGAGAAAAACAAAUACAUAAUUAUUAUUCAAAAAAAAGUGUAUUAUGA